ACCUUGACGUCAUAUCCAACGGACCGAUAACAUGUCGUCCGGUUGAAGAAGAAAGGAGCUAGCUAAAGGAAGCAAACUGUUUUAAUGUUACUCACCAAGUUCACAUACGGAAAUGUCGCCUCAGUCCAACACUCAGGACCAUUAAUGUCACAGCCACAGCUGCUGCUGAAGUAGACAUUUAGUAGAAACAGUGAUUCUUGCGAAAGGAAUGAGCGAUACUCAUCAAGGAAGUCAUCCAGCUGGCUAGGCGAGGCUAGCUGUGUUAGCAUUGGGAGUUCUUUGUUUUGUUUUCCAGCUGGAGCUCCAUGUCAACAUGAGGAGAAACUAGUGUUGCUGUCACAUCUGACGUUUUAUAAUCAUGUCCAUGGUGUGUUUAGCAGUGUGUAGUUGAACUGUAAUACUAUUUGUUACUGGGAUAUUAGAUAAAUAACAUUAGCCACCUAAAGAGCAACUUUAGCCAGAAAGAUCUGGUUUUAACGUCGGACAGGACAGGGACUGGAGACACGAAGACAUGGGCAACUGUCUCAAGUCUCCCACAUCAGACGACAUCUCUCUGCUUCAUGAUUCCCAGUCAGACAGGGCGAGUUUCGGUGAGGGGACAGACCCAGACCUGGAGCCUCCUCCACCCUACCAGGAGCAGGCUCACAUGCCCAUGUACCAUCCCACGCCUAGUCAGGCCCGUCUGGCCACCCAGCUGACCGAGGAGGAGCAGAUCCGCAUAGCUCAGCGCAUCGGCCUCAUCCAGCACCUCCCUAAGGGGGUUUAUGAUGGAGGGAAAGACGGCUCAGAGAAGAAGAUCAGAGAAUGCGUGAUCUGUAUGCUGGACUUUGUAUACGGGGACCCCAUCCGAUUCCUGCCCUGUAUGCACAUCUACCACAUGGACUGUAUAGACGACUGGCUGAUGAGAUCCUUCACCUGCCCCUCCUGCAUGGAGCCCGUGGAUGCUGCCCUGCUCUCCACCUACGAGACCAACUGAUUUUUCACCCCUCCUCCCCCAAAUCUUAGCUCAAACACGGCCCCUCCAGCCCUAAAACACACACACACAAACCCAACAGCUGCCCUCUUACAGAUUUUUUCUUUUAGAGGAGCUAAAAAAAAAUGUGUUGGCCGUUUUCUUGCACUUUGAAAAAUUCAAAAUUUACUCACCCAAUGUUGGCCUUCCAUACCCCCAGGUCUGAAUAAUAAGCUGGUCUUAAACAUCAGUUACACAAAACUGUUUCCAGACGACCCUGCAUGACUGUGUUUGUGUGUCUGUCUGCUGUCGGUGAGCACGUAGGGUGUAUGUGUGAGCUGUUUGAUGACUGCAUUUCCACUUGAGCCGGUCUCAGUGGUUUCUCCCCGACUCCCCCCAGUUCAUUCCCAGUUACUUACAUAGGCCUUUUACCCCUCUUCGGGAAUAGGCCGUCGACAAGGCUUCUCCACCCAUCUCUAUCCUGGGCCUUUCUCUUCAGCUGGUUCCAAGAGUAGCCCGAUCCCAGUUAGUCGUCAUUAAAAUGGAUAAUUAGGAUAACAGAUGAUUGACCAAAAUGAUACGAGGUGUUGCUAGAAAUCUGUUGGAUUCAAUUUGAAGUUUUCUGUGGCAACGGUAAGACUUCCUCAACAUAUUGAUCUUCUGAUGCUCUCACAUUAAAAUGGCCCUACACUUUGGAUGUAUGGGAAUACACAGCUGAAGUUUACACUGUUGAUGUUAGAUAAUAAAGAAGAAAAUCACUCUCCAGUUUGUCAGGAUUACAAAAAAAAUAUACACACAUUUAACAGAAAUCACCCAAAGUUUAAUGUACACAUACAGGAGAUUAAAGGCUACAUGAUAUUCGGCCCGACUUUAAAAGAAAAUGCUUUGAGUUGAAGGGAAAAUGAUGUUGUGUAACAUGAAUGUUUCACCAGGCGGUGUGUAAAGUAGCUGGCAGCCAAUGUAAAGGGCUCAUUUGUGCAUGGGCAGGUGGAUCAGUCAGUCGAAAAUUAGAAACGCUUGCACACACUUUUCAUCUGAUCCAGAGAUUUGCACUUUACUUAUAGGACAGUAUCUAAACAAUAUAUUAAUAUAUGUACCUUAUAACCUUGCACUAUCAAUACUUCAUUCCUUUAUUUCCUGAGAUGCAAAAGUUAUAUAACUGAAAAGGUAUUUUCAAAGCUGUCAGUAGUCACUUAUCACAUUGAAGUAAGCCUGAAGAUGUAUUUCAUGAAAUCUGUGAUUCAGUAGUGUGAGCCUCCGCUUUGUUCCGCUUGACUUUUGAUUCUUGUGUGUUUUUUGUGUGUAAGUGACGGGACAGAGGCUUGCUCCAGUUUAAAGGACAAGUUUGACAUUUUGACACAAUGAGAUUAAUCUGAUUCUGUGCGUUAAGUAGGGAGCUAGAGCCAGCAGGCGAUUAGCUUAG